CCGGGCCGGGCAGGAGCGGCCAUGGGGAACCUGUUCGGGCGGAAACGGCGGAGCCGCGUCACGGAGCAGGACCGGGCCGUGCUGCAACUGAAGCAGCAGCGGGACAAGCUCCGGCAGUACCAGAAGCGGCUGAGCCUGGGCCUGGAGCGGGAGCGGGCGCUGGCCCGGCAGCUGCUCCGGGACGGCAAGAAAGAGAAGGCCAUGCUCCUGCUGAAGAAGAAACGGUACCAGGAGCAGCUGCUGGACAAAACAGAGAACCAGAUCAGCAACCUGGAGCGGAUGGUCCAGGACAUUGAGUUCACCCAGAUUGAGAUGAAGGUCAUCGAGGGCCUGAAGAUAGGCAACGAGUGUCUGAACAAAAUGCACCAGGUGAUGUCCAUAGAGGAGGUGGAGAGGAUAAUAGGAGAGACCCAGGACGCUGUGGAGUACCAGAGGCAAAUAGACGAGCUCCUGGCUGGCAGCCUGACUGAGGAGGAUGAAGAUGCCAUUCUAGAAGAAUUAAAUGCCAUUACUCAGGAACAGUUGGAGCUCCCAGAAGUUCCUUCAGAGCCACUCCCAGAGAAGAUCCCAGAAGUGUCACCCGUGGAGAACAGGCCAAAGGCAGAGCUGGUGGCAGCAUCUUAACUCCCAGUGCUGGGGAUCCCCCUCCAGACUCUCCCCUGGACAGUUUGCCCUCCCAGAGCGUGCUGGGAGCGGGCAAUGCCUUGGCAGCAUCCCAGCUGUGCUGGGCGGAUUGUGGAGCAGGAUUCCCUGCGCGGGGUGGGGAACCUCAGCUGAUUAUCGCUCUUGUAUCAAGAUUAUUUUCUAGUGCUUUCUUUUUUUGUAACUUAAACUCCAGACUCACUCAGCUGCGCUGUCUCGGGAUUAAACAGCCACUCUGAAUCAUCCAAAGCCAAAUUUUUCUCUGUAGGUUUGGUUCUGGUGGUCAGUCUGCCUUUGCUGUGGCCAAACCCCAGGAAAUCAGA